UUUGGGUAUCCAGAGUUAAUCUGCACUUAAUAAUUUCUGAAAAGAGUAGUACCAGAAGAGAAUAUAUUCUAGUUCAUCGAAAUAACGUUACAAAAUUUAUACUUUGGCAUUUGACAUGUAUGUUUCUCGAGCUUUCACUUUCUUUCUACUCAUUAUAUUCCUCUUUUCAUAACUCUUUUGCCCUCUCUGUCUCUCUCUCUCUCUCUCUCUCUAUAUAUAUAUAUAUAUAUAUGCAUAUAACUAAAGCAGUGUGGCAAAACCCUCAGGCUCAGCCUCAAGCCUCAAGCCUCAAAUCCCAUCUUCCAUCAAAUCUUUCUUGCGUUUUGUUGUUUGUUUUCCUGAGUCCUGAAAAUAUGAAUGAUCCCAAGUAUGGAUACCCCUACCCUCCUCCAGGUGCUUAUCAAGGACCACCACCAGUCAUGGCACCACCACACUACUAUGCAGCUCCACCACCACCCCCACCACGAAGAGAAGUAGGCUUUCUUGAAGGAUGCCUUGCAGCUUUAUGUUGUUGCUGUCUGCUAGACGAGUGUUGCUGUGAUCCUUCUGUUGUAUUUAUUGCUUAAUGUCUAUGAUAUACCCCAGAAACUCAAUUGACAAUUUAUAUUUAAUUUUUAUGUUUAAUGUUAAAAGCUUCUUGUCUGUU